UCUUUCAAUUUAUAUUUCUAACAAGAAUUCAUUUUUUUAAAAUUUUUUUCCUUUUAAGAAUAAGACAUGCUUAUCAGAAUAUAAAACUGUUUCGAAUGAAUUAAAUGAUCAAAAACAACUAUUUUUUUUAAUACAGGGUGGUCCAAAAAUCAGUUACUGAGACUAAAUUACUGUCUUAUUUGAAUAUUUCAUUACUUAUGAACUUUAACUUUGCUGAUUUGCUUAUAAAAAGACAGUAAUCUGAAUUUUGGGCCACCCUUUCUGUUAUAUUAUAAACAAUGAUAUUAAUGGAAAUUAACUUACUUAUGCCAGGUGGCAUAGGUUAGGUUUGAGUGUGAAAGGUGAUUCUGUGACUAUGAUAUGUGAUUGCCAACAACCGCAAAAUGCUAUGUUACAAAGGGAUGAAGAAGUGUAUAUAGAUGCUACAGGAUAUGUAUUAAUUGGUCAGAAACUUUUUGGGAAAGAAAAUUAUGAGGGAGAUAUUCAGCAACUGCAAAUCAUUCCAACACCUGAAGCGGCUUACGAACAGUGUACGGAAUAUAUGCCAAACUGUGAUGUUCCUUUGCCUUAUGCAACAGGUCCUCCUGAAGAUACUGUCUUUCCAAUUUUUCCAGAACCUGUGACUGGAGAUCCUCCAAUAACAGAUAGAGAUGAUAAUGGAAUUUAUCCUGAUGGCAAUUCUUAUUAUAAUAAUACAGAUAGUAGUCUAUCUGGUGAAGGUCCACUACCUCCAGGUUAUCAUUAUUAUUAUAUUCAGGGUCCUGCUGGACCUCGAGGUUACCAAGGUCCACCUGGUCCACCUGGUCCUAAAGGUGAAAAGGGAGAUGAUGGAAGAGAUGGUCUUUCUGGUACAGAUGGACCUCCAGGACCUCCUGGUCACAUAUUCAUGAUUCCUAUUCAACCACAAGGUGAUUCUAAAGGACCAGAUAGCACAGAGGGUUUAAGACAGAUGUUAAGUCAGCAUAUGUUAGCAAUGAGAGGACCACCAGGACCAAUGGGCUUAACUGGUUUGUCUGGUCCAGUGGGUCCACCAGGACUGCAAGGUCCCAAAGGAGAAACUGGUGAACAUGGAGAAGAAGGGCCAAGAGGAUUAAGAGGAAUGAUGGGUUUAAAUGGAAGACCAGGAAGAAGAGGACAAAGUGGUAAAGAUGGAGAAAGAGGUUCACCAGGUCCUAUUGGACUGAAGGGUGAAAUUGGUUUACCAGGGCUUCCAGGUUUACCUGGUGAAAAAGGAGAAAGAGGAUUUGUUGGAUCACCGGGUGAAAGUGGAUUACCAGGGCAUGACGGACCUCAGGGAGAUGAAGGUCCUCCUGGCCUGCAGGGCCUACCUGGAGACAUGGGACCACGAGGUUUUCCUGGUGCAAGAGGAUUUCCUGGCCUUCCAGGACCUCCUGGUGCAAGAGGAAAAGAUGGACCACAAGGAAUGCCAGGUGAAAGAGGACCUCCUGGAGAACCUGGACCAUUAGGGCCUCCAGGACCACCAGGAGUUAUUGGACCACAAGGGCCUUCAGGAGAACCAGGACCAUCAGGAGAUGUAGGAGCACCUGGUGCACCAGGUGUACCAGGAGAACCAGGAUUACCAGGAACAUCUGGAAAAGAAGGACCACCAGGUCCAUCAGGUCCUCAAGGUCAGUCAGGUACUCCUGGUCCUCCUGGUCUUCCAGGAUUUCCAGGUGAAAGAGGUCUUCCUGGUCCUUCUGGAAUUCCUGGAUUAAAAGGUGAAUUAGGACCACCAGGUCCACCUGGACUACCUGGUGAUAAAGGAAUGAUAGGUAUGUCUGGAGACCCAGGACCAUCAGGUGAAAAGGGUCGUGAAGGACCACCAGGACCAUUGGGAUCACCAGGACCUAAAGGAGAUAAGGGUGAUUCUGGAUUCCCUGGACCAGUCGGAAGAGAUGGUCCACCAGGAGCAAGAGGUAUUCCUGGACCUCCUGGACCAGUUGGAGUACCAGGAGAAGAUGGCGAUAAGGGUGAUGCUGGCCCUGCUGGUCAAAAAGGAAGCAAAGGCUCAAAAGGUGAUACUGGACCAAAUGGACCUCCAGGAUCACAAGGUCCAAGAGGAGAACCUGGCCCUCCAGGACCAGAUGGAGAAAGAGGAAUGAUUGGAGUAUCAGGUCCCAGAGGUCCUAAGGGUGAAGAUGGCCCAGUUGGUCCUCCAGGACCUGCAGGCCCUGCUGGUUUACAGGGGCUUCCUGGAACUAUAGGUGCUAAAGGCGAAAAAGGAGAUGGUGGAAAAACAGGACCUCCAGGUCCAUCAGGUCAACCUGGUGAACCUGGACCACCAGGAUCAAAAGGAGGAGAAGGAGCACCUGGACCUCCUGGACCUGAAGGUAAACAGGGACCAAAAGGAGAAAGUGGACCACCGGGCAUACCCGGUCCUCCUGGAAAGGAUGGAGAACAUGGACCAAGAGGACCACCAGGUCCAAAGGGUGAAUCUGGGAAGCCAGGAAUUCAAGGAAUAGGUGGACCAAGAGGGCCACAUGGGCCUCCUGGUGCAAAAGGUUCUCCAGGAGUACCAGGUUUUCCAGGUCCUCCGGGUGAAGCUGGUGUUCCUGGACCAAAGGGAGACAGAGGUUUGGAUGGUAAUGAUGGAAGCCCAGGUGAACCAGGACCUGCAGGACCAGCAGGUGAAGCUGGAAAAAUGGGUUUAGCAGGUGCUCCAGGAAAACCUGGUCCACCAGGACCUGCAGGUAAACAAGGUGAAACUGGAUUACCAGGUGAAAAAGGAGAUAGAGGACCCCUUGGUGCAUCAGGAGAACAAGGUCCACUUGGACCUGCUGGUUUACCAGGUCCAGCAGGUCCCCCAGGUGUUAGGGGAUCACCAGGUCCUGCUGGAGAUGUUGGCCUUCCUGGACCAAGUGGCCCUCCUGGUCAACCUGGAGUUUUAGGUCCUGCUGGAGCAAAAGGCGAUAAAGGUGAUAUUGGAAGGAGAGGGCCAAAGGGACAUCGAGGAUUAAUGGGUCGUCCCGGAAGGAAAGGUGAUCCAGGAGAAAAGGGGGAGAAAGGAGAACGUGGUAUUCAAGGGCCACUAGGCCCAAAAGGAGACCAGGGACCAAGAGGAAUGGAGGGACCAAAAGGAAAUGAUGGUCCUAUGGGAUUAGCAGGUUUGGAAGGACCAUCAGGACCAAAAGGAUCAACUGGACCAGAUGGACCUAAAGGAGAUCUUGGACCAGUAGGACCACCAGGACCACCAGGUCCACCAGGUGAAGGUCCUCAAAUUUCACCUGAAAUGUUGCUACAUGGUGACGGAAAUGUAUUCCGAUACAGAAGAAGUGUUUCUGAAGAUAAAGAAAAGAACGAAUCCGAGCCAAAGACUGAAGAACUUAAUAACAAAUUACUUAAUAUGUAUGCUAAUAUUUAUGUAAUGAGGCGAGAAUUAGAGGGGAUGAAGAAGCCUGUCGGAACUAAAGAAAAUCCUGUUCGAUCUUGUAGAGAUUUAUACUACGGUCAUCCUGAUUUUGGAGAUGGCUGGUAUUGGAUUGAUCCAAAUCUCGGAAUGCCAGAUGAUGCUGUGGAAGUUUUUUGCAACAUGACUGGGCAAGGACAAACCUGUGUUUUUCCAGAUAAACAUACAUCAGUGAUGCCAAAUAUACCAUGGAGAAAGGAAAAAUCUGACAAAUGGUUUAGUAUGCUACGAGGUGGUUUUAAGAUAACUUAUGAAACAAUUGGACCUGUUCAAUUGUCAUUCUUAAGACUUCUUAGUAAAGAAGCAUAUCAAAAUUUCACAUAUACCUGUAUCAAUUCAGUAGCAUGGUACAACCAACAAAGUUCAACAUUUGAUAUGGCUGUUAAACUGUUAGGAGAUAACGGACAAGAAUUUAGCAGCAAAUCUAAUCGUCCACUCAUUUUAUACGAUGGUUGCAAGAGUCGGAGCGCAAACAGCAAAACAAUAUUUGAAAUCAGGACGGGAAGGCUUACGCAGCUUCCCAUGAUGGAUUUCCAACCUGUAGAUUAUGGACUACCUCACCAAGCUUUCGGCUUUGAGGUUGGACCUGUGUGUUUUAGUUAACCAAUGAAAAUUGUAAGUCUACGAAAAUGUAAAACUGCCAGUGAACUGAUCUCAUGACAGAAAAGUUUUGAAGAGAAAGUAGAGAACGAAAGACUGGGAAAGAAAAAACAAAUUCAACAUUACAAUUUAUCACUGCCAAAUUUUUAUUAAUUUUGUGUUUUUUUUUAAAUAAUGUGCGUUGAAAAUAAAAAAUAUUUUUAUUAAUGCUUUUAUUAUGCUAUUCAACCAAGCUCAGUGUAAGAGUAAACUAUUUAUAAAGCUGAGAGGAAUGAAUUAUUAAAUGACUCAUAUUAUUAUGAAACUUCUUUUGUGGCAAUGAUACAAAAAAAAAAUUCUGUUUUAUGAAUAAAUGAAAAGUGUUGGCUAAAUCGUUUAAUGUUCAAAGCAUUUCCUGUUUUGUCUUCUUGUUAAUAUAGUGUAUUGUUGUUGUUGUUAUUGUGCAGUUUAAAAAUAAGCUUAUACUAUUUUCAUCAUUGUACAGUGAGAAAGCUUUUGUUUCAUUUACAAAAUAAUCCAAUUUUAAU